AUGCAGCUCACACACGCACUCGCUUUGGCUCUGUCUUUAUCGCCCGCCGCGGCCGUGACCAAGGGCUUCAACUACGGCUCAACCCACGGCGAUGGCUCCUUCAAAUCGCAACAGGACUUCUUGGAUGAGUUCAAGACUGCCAAAGCCCUUGUUGGCGCCAAGGACUUCAACAGCGCCCGUCUGUACACCAUGAUCCAAGGUGGUACUACCAACACUCCCAUCACUGCCAUUGACGCCGCUAUCCAGGAAGAGACCACUCUUCUUCUCGGUCUCUGGGCCUCUGGUGAUACCUUUGACGACGAGAUUGCUGCCCUGAAGUCUGCCAUCUCCACCUACGGAGACAAGUUCACCAAACUGGUUGUCGGUAUCUCUGUCGGCAGUGAGGAUCUGUACCGUGACUCGCCCACUGGCAUUGCCGCCGAGGCUGGCAUUGGCAAGGGCCCGGACACCAUUCUCGAAUACAUCAAGACCGUCCGCUCCACCGUCUCUGGAACUAGCUUGAAGGAUGCACCCAUCGGCCACGUCGACACCUGGACUGCCUGGGCCAACACCACCAACCAGCCUGUCAUUGAUGCCUGCGACUGGCUCGGCAUUGAUGCCUACCCCUACUUCCAGAACACCGACGACAACGACGUCUCGAACGGCAAGUCUCUGCUCCAGGAAGCCAUGAACAACGUCAAGAAGAACUCUGGUGACAAGCCCAUCUGGAUCACUGAGACCGGCUGGCCAGUCAGCGGUAAGACCGAGGGCAAGGGUGUUGCUUCGAUUAAGAACGCCAAGACCUACUGGGACGACGUCGGCUGCAACUUCCUCUUCGACAAGGUCAACACCUGGUGGUACAUUCUCCAGGAUGCUGAUGGCACCACCCCCAACCCCAGCUUCGGUCUCGUCGGUACCUCUUUGACCACCAAGCCUUUGUACGACCUGACCUGCCCCACUGUCACCAGCACCACCACUUCUCCCCACACCUCGACCACUUCCAAGGCUACCGGUACAUCUGGUGCUGGCACAACCACUGGCGGUGCUUCGACCUUCACCACCAGCCCCGGCACUGCAGGCGCCUCUACCGGAACCCCUACUCCCGGGUCCAACACCCUUGGCGCUGAGACCACUCCUGGUGCCACUCCCACUCCUACCCCUGGCAGCUCUGGCACUCCUGGCACUGGCGGUGCUAGCGGCACUGCCUCUUCCACCAGCCCCGUCAACACCGGUGCUGCCAGCAGCGUUUCCACCUCGGCCGCCGGCAUUGUUGCCGCUCUGUUUGCCUUUGUCGUUGCUUUCUAA